UUCACUUCUUACCUCUCUGCUGCAUUUCUAGGGUUUCAUCUCUUCUCUUCUCAGCGCCGCAGUUUUCUUCUUCUCUCUCUCUCAACCAACAAUGGCAGACCGAGGAGCUACCGGAGACAGAGCCGGAUUCGGAAGAGGUUUCGGAGAUCGUGGUAGAGGUGGCAGAGGCGGAGAUCGUGGCCGUGGAGGUCGCCGCAGAGGCGCCGGCCGUCGUGAAGAGGAAGAAAAAUGGGUUCCAGUGACAAAACUCGGCCGUCUCGUGAAAGAAGGCAAAAUCCGCAGCUUAGAACAAAUCUACCUCCACUCUCUCCCCAUCAAAGAACACCAAAUCAUCGACACCUUAGUCGGUCCCACUCUGAAAGACGAGGUGAUGAAAAUAAUGCCGGUUCAGAAACAAACCCGAGCCGGUCAACGAACCCGGUUCAAAGCUUUUGUAGUUGUGGGUGACAACAAUGGUCAUGUUGGGUUAGGUGUGAAGUGCAGUAAGGAAGUUGCUACUGCGAUUCGCGGUGCCAUUAUUCUUGCGAAAUUGAGUGUGAUUCCUGUGAGGAGAGGUUACUGGGGGAAUAAGAUUGGGAAGCCACAUACUGUGCCGUGUAAGGUUACUGGAAAGUGUGGUUCUGUUACUGUGAGGAUGGUUCCUGCUCCUCGUGGUUCUGGUAUUGUUGCUGCUAGGGUUCCUAAGAAGGUUUUGCAGUUUGCUGGGAUUGAUGAUGUUUUUACUUCUUCAAGGGGAUCCACCAAAACCCUUGGCAAUUUCGUUAAGGCUACAUUUGACUGUCUGAUGAAGACCUAUGGUUUCUUGACACCUGAAUUCUGGAAGGAGACUCGCUUCAGCAAAUCUCCAUUCCAAGAGUACACCGAUAUGUUGGCAAAGCCCACAACAAAGGCCUUGAUCUUGGAGGAGGAAAGGGUGGAAGCUUAAUUUUACCAGUUUUGCUUUUAUUGGAUAAUCUAUGUUAAGCAUGUUAGGAACUAGUGCUUUCAUACUUUUUUGUUCCUACUGUGGUUUACUUUCUUCUUUUUGAGGAACAGAGUAUCUUUUUUUUUAUUAUUGCAUUUUGUUGUUUCAACUUUUUAAGUUCUUAUAAUUGAAUGGAUUUUUGCUAAGUUUCAAA